AUGACAUGUAAAUGGUGUAGCUCUACUGUAGCAGCAUCUGGAGAAUUAAAACUUGUGCCUUAUGAUGCUCAAACAUCAAAUCUUUCCAUUUCUCAGAAAUGGAAUCAGGAUUCCGCCUUAAUUGGGAGCUCUCCGAUUUUCUUUUUAAGGUAUGGUUGGUUUGGUAAGGGUGAAGAAGGUAACAACAUUAACAAUGGUAUUGGUAUUGGUGGAAGUGUGGGAAUGGGAUUGUCUACAUUGGAAUGGGUUGAUAGUCUUACUAACAUAAGCGUAGGUGAUCUGCUCUCUGAGGUAUCCCAUAAUGCAGUGGGUCCCACUCUAUGUCAUCAGCAGAUUUCAUACAGCUGUGAUUCUUUUGAUGCUGCAAUUGCUGCCCACAUUAACAAAAUCAUCAUGCCAAAAAUAAUGGAUUCCCAUCCACCACCAUUCAGUCUUCAAUUUAUGAUGCAGAGGAAACAUGUGAUGUCUUUUCCUUCCCUAAGAAUACUGAGAAACUACUGA